AUGCAAGUGUUAAUCUCUCGAACAGACGAUAUGAUCGAUCGGAUUCCAAUUGAUGUCCGUCCGACGUUUUCAGACUGUGUUUCAGAAACGUAUAACGCGACAAGAAUGCAGUAUUCCAUCAAUUUGAAUGAAGCCGAAGUCACUCGCAUACCAGAAAUAAAAAGUCAAUUGAAACAAGCUAUAACCAUCGAACAACAAUGGAAUGCAAUGAAUAAGACAGAUCGAAUCGUUGCAGAUAUUACUUUAAAUGUUGUCAAACCAAGUUUAUCAUUCCUAACAGGAAUUCUCGAGUGUUUGAAGAGAAAGUCACAGAUUAUAUUCACGUGA